CCGCAAGGCUUUCUCAUCGACAAGCUCUUCGCGUCGCAGCAGUGGCAGCAACACGGAAUACUGCGAGGCAUACACAAUGAGCCAUGGCACUGGCACUGGCACGAAUAUCGAUGCUGCUCCUGCUGCUGUUGGUGGUUUGGGCACGCCCACAGCGACACCGGUUACGGAUUUCUAUACGGAUGCAACGGUGCUCAUUACGGGUGGCACGGGUUUUGUGGGCAAAGUGCUAACCGAGAAAUUGUUGCGCGCCUUUGGUUUGCGUAAAAUUUACAUGCUGAUACGCAGCAAGGACAACAUGAGCGUGCAGGAGCGUUUGCAGGGAUUCCUCAAUGAAUCGAUAUUCAGUACAAUGCGCGUGGAGCGACCGGAGCUGUUGGAGAAGGUACAUCCGAUACGCGCUGAUUACAGUGCCAUCGACCUGGACAUUGAUGCCGCCGACCGUGCAAUGCUCUCGUCUGAGGUCCAAAUUGUCUUCAAUGUUGUCGCCUCGGUAAAAUUCAAUGAGAAACUAAGCGAUGCUAUUGACAUUAAUGUCCUGGGCACCAAGAAGAUACUCGAUUUGGCUAUGCAAAUGAAGCAGUUGAAGUCAUUCGUGCACAUUUCGACACUGUACUGCAACUGCAAUCGCAAAUUUAUCAAGGAACAAGUGUAUGAGAAUGAAAUUGGCUACGAAAAAAUCAUGCAGAUCUAUCGCACCUUCGAUGAUGAAACGCUGGAGAAGCUGCGUCAUUGCCUAAUUGGCCAAAUGCCAAAUACGUAUACGAUGACCAAGAAAUGCGCUGAAAAUCUGGUCAAUCAUCGAGCUUUUCAUAUGCCCGCGGGCAUAUUUCGGCCGCCCAUCGUAAUGUCAACGUACAAGGAUCCAUUUCCCGGCUGGACUGAUAAUUUGUACGGGCCAUCAGGUUUAUGCACUUGGUCAGCCCGGGGACUCGUACGUUGCAUUUACGGCACAGCUAGCUGCAAGUCAAAUAUGGCGCCCGCCGAUUAUGUGGUGAAUGCAAUGAUAGCAUCCGCCUGGGAUAUUGCCAGAAGAUUUGAACAGAGUGAAAAUCAACUAGAUGGCAAAUCAGAGCUACCCGUUUACAACUACGUAUCCGAUGUGAACAAUAUUACCUGGGGCCAGUACAUGCACCUGUCGCGUCAGGGCUUUCACGAGCCAUUCGACAAGUCGCUUUGGUGCUUCUCGUACGUUAUAAUACCAUCGAAGCCUCUGCAUUGUGCAAUUGCAUUUUUCUUGCACAAUAUCCCAGCUUAUAUUUUAGAUUUAAUUGCCAUGGCCACCGGACAAAAGCGCAUCUACGUGAAGGCAUAUCGGAAAAUCUCGCGCAUAAUCAAUAUGAUGGCCUGGUUCGGGCUCAAGGAAUGGAAGUUUGCGCAUCGCAACAUUGACGAAUUGAACGAGCGUCUGCCCGUUGGGGAGCGUGAGAAGCUGCAGUUCAACAUAGCAACGAUUAAUUGGAGUGAAUAUUUUCGCUCGUAUCUGAGCGGCAUCAGGCGCUACUUCUUUAAGGAUAACGCUAACGAUAAUAAAUUACAGCAGCGCAAAACUAUUUAUCGCAGAAUGCUGGUGCUGCACACGCUGCUGAAGACGACAUUUGGUCUUUCAUUAAUUAUGUGCAUUCUGCGCAUUUAUCUCAGAAUUUUCAAAAUUAUGCCAAGGAUUGCGCUGUAAAAGGCGACCCGGUGCCAUUAUAAAUUAUAAU